AUGUCGCUCGACGUCGCCCACCCGGCCCUCACCGCCGCCCGCCAGGCCAUCGCGGACCCGGCGGACCGGACCACGUGGUUCCUGCUGCAGUACAACCCGGCGGCCCCCUCCCCCCAGGCGAUCCCCCUCGCCGCAGGGCCCCUCCCGGUCCUGCCCGCCUGGCGCCGACAUCUCCACGAGACAGACCAGGGCGUGUUGUUUGGCUAUGCACAGAUCGCAGACAAGGGCCUCGUCCUCCUCUACUUGCGCCCCGACGUCGGCGGCGUCAAGAGAGCCCGCGCCAUCGUCCAUUCCCGCGCCAUCGCCAACAUGUACCCCGAGUACUCUUGCCUCAUCACCCUCGCCGACCCCGCCGAGCUGACAGAAGAGCUUAUUUCGGAGAGGCUCGGGCUGGGGGUGCCGGCGCCGGUGGAGAAGGCGCGGGUGGAGAUCCCAGGCGGGGACGGUCCGAAUCCACUGGCCCCGGGGUUGGGCAGGGGGAUCCCGCCUCAGAAACAGCGGGAUGCCACGCCGAUGUCUGCGGCGGCGGGAUCAGAGACGGGUUCGCCGUCGAGGACCAACUUGUCCGAACGGCGCAAACCUCCUCCACAGCUUUCGGCUCUCGGACUGGGCACGCCAUCCCCGCCCGAGCCGCAGGCUAUUGCCCUCCCGUCGGUGGAGCAGCUGAAGGAAAAGGAAAAGGACGACCGGAACCGCAAACCAUCAUUCACUUCCCGCCUCAAGCACACAUUCCACCGCUCAUCCCCCUCCAUCGAAGAUACACCCACCUCUUCACCUUCCAAUACCGACAAACCCACUCCGCUUACCCCGACGAGCCCGUCCUCCCCGAGCAUGGGCAUGGGCAGUGGCCGGUUCAAGGCGGCCUCGUUGGGCAAGGUGUUUUCGAAAAAAAGAGCGGGGACGGGGGAGAUGGAGAGUCUGCGGGCGGACGGGGGUGGUGAACCCCCCAGGCCUAUCAGCCAUGAUUUCAGCCCAGCCCUCCCCCCGAAAGACGCUCCCCUCUCCGUCUCCGUCCCCAUCUCCCAAACCUCCCAAACAUCCCAAACCUCCGCUUCCCCUUCCCCUCUGGCGCCUUCAGCCGCGCCCUCGCUCCAUGCGGCGCACGGGCACUCGCCUUACCCGGCCCCCAGCGCGACCCCCAGCGCGACCGCGACACCGCCUGGAGGUGGGGGCCCGCCGUUACUAGGCCCGCCCGUACCGCUCGUAUCGAGAGACAGCACAAAGAGCGAAAGCGAUGCUCCGAGCCAGAGCGAGAGCCAGAGCCAGAGCCGGUAUCAUACACCCCUAGGCUCGCCUUCGCCUUUUGAAGAGGAGGUCGUGCCGAAUCCAAGGUCUACGUCCCUCCUCACGCCGCUGCUUACGCCGGGUGGGGGGGAAGCAGGUCUCUCGCCUUCGCCUUCGCCUUCGCCUUCGCCUUCGCCUUCGCCUUCGCCUUCGCCUUCGCCUUCGCCUUCGCCUUCGCCUUCGCCUUCGCCUUCGCCCUUCGCCUUCGCCUUCGCCUUCGCCUUCGCCUUCGCCUUCGCCUUCGCCUUCGCCUUCGCCUUCGCCUUCGCCUUCGCCUUCGCCUUCGCCUUUUGCUCGCGGGAUUUGAGUUUGAGCGGGAAGGAGAAGGAGAAGGAUCAGGAGGAGAAGGAGAAGGAGAAGGAGGAUGACGGGCGCGGGGAAGGGCAAGGAGGAGGGCGCGGGCAAGGGGAAGGGAAAGGGGGUAGUGAUGGGUAUGAGAGUAGUACCCGGCUGGCGUAUGAUGAUCCCUCCACGGAUACGGAUACGGAUACGGAGGAUGAGAGGGUCAACCCCACACCGACACGGGGGGCGAGGGAGAGGGAGGGUGAGAGGGAGGGAGCGGUGGAGGGGGAGAGGGUGGGUGUACCGUCGCUGGAUGCACUGCCGGUAUCGCCUGUAGAUGACGUGCCGGUGCCGGUGCCGGGUGGUGGGGGGUGGGGUGGUGGGUUGGGUGGUGAUGAUCCUGAUCAUGAUCCUGAUCCUGCGACGUCGCGGGGGCUUAUUGGGAGGGGCGCUUUCCCUUCGCCUCCGCCUCCCCCUCCCCCGCCGGGUGGACAGGGUCUCCCAGAGCCGGAGCCUGGGCCUGGAGCGGAAACGAGAGAAACGGAAACGGGAACGCGCGAGCUGGAAGAAGGCCGGCAGGCAGGUAUGGCUAUGGCUAUGAUGCGUGAUGGAAUGUCUGCUCUGCAUACCGACACCGACACCGACACCGACACUGAGCGAGAGGGGGAGGGGGAGGAGGGGGUUGUUCGAGAGGCUCAGGCUGAGGCUGGGGCUGGGGCUGGGGCUGAAGAUCCGGCAGGGAGGAAAGUGGAAUGGGCGGAAGAGAAGGCGAGGGAGGAAGAGGAGAGGGAGAGGAGGAGGGAGGAGGGAGAGGAGAGGGAGAGGGAGAGGAGGAGGGAGGAGGAAGAAGAGGAGAGGCGCUUGGCUGAGGAGGAGAAGCUGAGCGUUCUGGCAGAAGAGGAAGAGCGCCGACGCUUGGAAGUGGAAGAAGAAGAGCGGGCAAAGGUGGAAGCUGCCCAAGCCGAGCGUCAGAGGUUGGAAGAGGAAGAGCGGGCGCGUUUGCAGGUGGAACAAGAGAGAAAACGGGUAGAGGAAGAAGCUUUGGCGGCGAAGAAGAGGGCGGAAGAGGAGGCAGAGAGGCAGAGGAUGGAGGGAGAGUUGGCGAAAAAGCAGGCGAUCAAGGAUGGGCUCCUGUCGGGCAAGAGGGAUGGCGGGGUGAUGCUCAGAGGGUGGGUGACGGCGCAGACGUACAAAUCGAUGACAUGGCGACGCCGCCACUUUCAACUCUUGCCGACUGAAAUGAGACUGUUCAAAAACGAAAGUGACGCCAAGCCCAUACAGACGAUAUUCUUUGGUCCCUCCACGACGAUCUCGGAGGCAUACGAAGAAUCCCAAGUCAAAGACAGUUUCAAGCUCAUCUCGUCUUUGCCCGAGAAGGGUGAUGAAGAGUUCUUUCUGUUCACAGACUCGGCGGAGGACAAGGAGGUGGUGUUGGAGGGGAUCAGGCUGUGUAUAUAG